AUGCUGGCUUUAGAAGCUCAUCCAGCCAUUAAUGGUCAGGUGAAAAUGCUAGCAGCAUGUGGAGAUUUAAAAUCUACUUCAAGGGAAGUAGCUGAGGCAUACCGCAGGAGUGGUGUGACGCUUGUACAUGUUCCAAGUAUAAGGAAGGAUGCAGCUGACAUGGAGAUUGUAGUCGACAUGUUUCUAUUUGUCAUGGAUUAUCACCGGCCUGCAUCGAUUUUACUCAUUUCUGGAGAUGUUGAUUUCGCUCCAGCUCUUCAUAAUUUACGUCUUCGCAGAUACACAAUAAUUGUUGCCAUUCCGUCUCGGGUGAAAGUUUCAGACACCAUGAAGGAGGCAAGCAACUACAUAUGGGAAUGGUGUAGUGUGGCCGGUGGGAAGCUGGGAAAAACAGCUAUACCUCGUCAAAUCGAAGAACAAAAGGCAGCUGAAAGAGAGCAAAAUACCUUGAACCAGAGAUUGCCCUUGAAAGAUCUAAAUGAUUUGAAGGGACAGAUUGUUAAGUUACUGGAAUGUUCAAGGGGAAGUUUGUCCCUAACCAAACUUCCUCGGGCAUACAAGAAGAAGUUUGGCAGGUCCCUGUGUGUAGAUGACUAUAAGGAUUUCCAAACUUCUUAG